UUUAACUUUCAAAGUUUUAAUUGGCUGUAUUAGUCGUACCAACUGUCCCACGUACCGAUACCGGUCCGAGUCCCGGGGGUAGGGGACAACUGAUCUAUCAUACUCAUCAUUGCUGUGACACAGCUCUUAUUUUGAAGUCACAUUGACUUCCGGAAUGCGGCGCGCGCUAGAUUUGUUUUCCCGUGAGUCCAUAGCGGCUAGUUUUUAACUGCCUGUGUUUUCCCACGUUCAAAGUUUUCUUUAGCUUUUCGUGCAUGCUAUAUUAGAAGUUUUCUCUCGACAUGCCUGCCUUCAUUCUUAGACUUCGUCCUGGUGGGCCAUAAACAGCCGUUGUUUGGGUCGCCUGGAAUGGACUUGCCCCUCACAAACAUGUAUAAUAUUUUUAAGGAUGAUGUUUGGAAAGCACUUGUUUUAGAGCUGGGACCUCUUGACCCGAACUGGUUUGAGGUGCUGACAUCACAAGCAUCUGUGAUUGAUGGAAGUCUUUCUGAUCAAGAGGAUCUUUGUGCUAAUCAAGAAGGAAACUCUAAGGGGAGUUUAGAAAAACCUGCAGUGGAAAGUCAAUUCUUCUCAACCCCAAAAGUUUUCCGACACAGCCGAGUGGUGUCACCUCAAACUGAGGAUGAGCAGUCAUUUACAUUAGCUCAAGAAAAGGGAGCAUUGCCUUGGAUUAAAACCCAAAGUCCUUGUUUGUUUCAACUUACAAUACAGGGUGAAAAAUGUGACGUUUUUCAGCCUCAAGGCGACGACAGUUUUGAUUUACUUGCUACACCAAAUCAAUCUACAAUCAGCUAUGCCAAACAUAUCUCUGAAAGCCUUGGUGCACAAAUGAACCCGGACAUUUCAUGGACCAGUUCUUUGAAUACACCACCAGCAGUUCCGUCCACCUUGAUUUUGCCUAUACCAGAUAAUAAACCUUGUUCAACGAAUGUCCCUGCAGACGGAAAUGUUGUUUUUGUCCGAAAACUAUUCCCUUCUCUUUCAAAGACAUCUGCAAACGAAGCUUCCAAAAGUUGUGAUCCAGUUGCUUUUCAAGGUCCAAUCUCCCCCAAAGUUCCCGACGGCCCUCAGACUUUCUCAAACCAUGAAGAGUGUGUUUGGCAACAGAAAGUUCCAGACACCAUUGAAGAUGAAGAAGUUCGAAGCUCAGUAGUGGAUGUUCUUGAUGGCGCUGAAGACGCACUUUCCAUUUUCUUCGCUAAUAGUAGCUCAGCUCUGAGAAAAGUGAAGCCUGAGAGGAAUAAACGAAAACAAAUCCUUCAAGCAAAAGAGAACGUCUGCAGCUCAAAAGAUGACUUGUCAACAAGCAAAGCCACGUCUGACGAAGAACGUGAUGGAUGUACUCUGUCUUCAUACACAAAAACUGGACAUACUGGGAUGAGCCAGUGGUCGCCGCUGAGUUUAUCCGAUAUCCCAUCUUGUUCAGCGGGUGGCAUUAUUGUACCAGAGCAGCUGCAUAAUUCAAGUCGCCUCUCAGGACCUUCAAAGGACAUUCAAAACGUUGAAUUUCAGAGCAAAACGAGACUUUUUGAUACAGUUGGGAUUGCAGAGCUUGAUCCUAUGAGAGUGGACUCAUCUAUAGAAAUUCCAUAUUCUGAGGAAUUGUGCAUCGAACAGCUGGGAAGCUCAGACUGCAGCAACGCUGAGAAGACUGAAGGACAUAAACAAGGUCAACCUCUUGGAGAAAAUUUGGUUGGCACAGUAAAAGCUAAAAUCCAAGAUAUUGACAUGUCGCAACUUUGUAGAGAUUUUGCUCAAGAUUUUAGCCAAAUGCCCGACUCUGGUCGAACGGCUUCUCGAGAUCACUUCUCGCCGUCAGCUUGUCUCCUAGCUAUGAAAAAAGCAAAGCAGAAAGCAGAAGUCAACCCUCAGCAUCAUCCUAAUAAGAGUAUCUCUAAUCCAAAGUUUCCCACUAGUGGGGUUCCUGUAAAUGACAGCGGCUUUCAUUCCGCUGUUGCAAACUCCACUAAUAUCACUGGAUCAUCUUUCUUGGAAAAUACUGGCCUUAGUCGAACAUCUACAGAUUUUAAAUCAGAUCUCCAAACAGAAACUGAUAUUCCAUCAACAAAAGCAUUUCCUAAAACGAUGCAUUUUAAUCCUGAAGCUGAAAUGGAGCUGAUCAGUGCACACACAUCCAAAGAAGAGAAGGACCUGGAACCUGUGAUGUCCACAGAUAUCACCGUCCAGAAACCCAGCAGUGCUCAAGGAGCUGAUGAUAUUCCCAGCAUUCCAUUAAAUGAUCAGAAACAGACAAAGGAAACAUCAACUUCUCCUCUUGUUGUGCAUUCAUUAGGAUUCAAAACUGCUUCAAAUAAAGGGAUACGCAUUUCCUCUGCCAGCCUGGAGAAAGCCAAACUGAUAUUUAAAGAGACUGAGAGUGAAACAGCUUUUUAUAAUCUGCCCACCACAUCUGGUUAUGACACUAUGAAUAAAAGCACAAGUAAGGAAGCUGGGAACACUUCAACGUUUUCCUCAAAGCCAAGUCAAACUUCAAUAACAGAAACAUUUGGUGGCAUCACCCCUCAGCUAACAGCGUCUCAAACAGACGAUGUGACUGAACUUUGUUCCCUCCUGGAAAAAACCGACAGCCAGUUUGAACUGACACCCGUCAAAAUUCUAAAAACGAAGCAGCAAAACAAUGCCACCUCACCACAAAAAGCUGACAGAGAACUGGACCCCGAUUUACUUGCUGGCAUAGAUUUUGAUGAUAGUUUUAGUUCAGAUUCAUUACAAUGCGCGAGAAAUGAAAACGCAACUUACUCCUCAAAGCACAGCUCUGAAGACGAGGCUUCAGAUGAUCCACGAAAAACAGUACGCGCUAGCUCACCACAAAACGUGUCUAGUGUUGCUUUUAAAACUGCUGGAGGAAAAGUUUUAAGAGUUUCAGACAAGUGCCUAAGCAAAGCUAAGUCUUUGUUUGCAGAUUUGGAGGAGUUUCCGACAAAUCGGAAGUCGUCAGGCAACAAACGCGUGGAAAUUGGUUCCAACACCAAACAAAAAAGCAGCAUGGAUGGAUGCAAAAAGAAUCUGAAAUUUGCUAUCAACGAGGACAGUUGCUCUAUAAGAGCCGGGAAUUGUUUUGAAGAGUUGGCUUCUUUCAAAAAACCAACAAAAAGUAUAAGCGGUGACGACACUAAAAGCUCAGAGAGUAAAAAGAAUGAUCCCAAUAUGUGCCAAACUGGUUUCUUCAUGGCUAAUGGAAAGAACAUCUGUGUUCAAGCCAAAAACAUGCACCACGCAAAGGACAUUUUCAAAGACUGUGAUGUCACGGACAAUAAAUCUGAGUUUAUUAAACAUUUGCCAGAAAACGUCAAACGUAGGGAACACCUAUCAAAAUAUGACAACUUCGACAUCCCCAAGCGACGCAUCGAUGGAUGCUCUGUGACUGAGAAUGCUGAUCUGCUGCCGUGUGAUACAAUAGAGCCACACCAGGGAAUUCUGAAAGUAGAGACCAAUGUCGCUCCUUUUCAUAGAAACUCAUUUUCUGCUUCAAAGCCAGAUCUUUCCAUGCUGUGCUCGGCUUCAAAGACUAUUGACUCUAAUGAGAGCUGUUCUGCUGCUGGGAAAAAAGCUUUUGUGUCAGCCGAUGAAACGAAAAACUCUGAAUACCUUUUGAAAGAAACCCACUCACCUGAAGAUGGAAAAGGACAAUUGCAGGAGGACUGGAGUUCAUCAAAUCACACCGAUCAGCCCAGAAUAUGUGGAUUUCAGACGGCUGCUGGUAAAGAACUUAUUGUGUCGUCUGCAGCUCUGAAGAAAGCUCAGACAAUGUUCAGUGAAAAUGAAGGAGUCAAAGAAAGAAACAGAGUUAUACCACCUCAUUCAAGGAUUCCAAGUAUUGAGUCAGAAAAUGAUAAAUCUCAUGCUCUACAGAAAGCUAAGGUGUGCAGCAACAUUAGCUUGAAUGCAGUUAAUCCAUGUGGAAACAAACUAAAAGAAGGACCAAAUAACGUGGAGAAAAUGUGUUCUGGUUUCACAACUACAAAUAAAGCCAAUGAGUUUGAGGAAAAUCUUUUAAAAUCAAACCAUAGUUUGAAGGACUUUGAUUUGGUUUCAGAUAAGGAGAUGCAAGAGUCAGAUGUGUUCUUGGAAAACCACGUAGAUGCUGAAAACACAGUAUUACCAAAAGAUCAGGAGUGUCAACUUCCUGUUUAUGAGAAAAUAAAAUCUAAUCCAGAUCAAAAACCGACUAUCAGCUUUUCUCAACCUGGAUGUCCUGAAGACCCGCCAUCAUUUCAGAAUGCUGGAUUUCAGAUGGCAAAUGGAAAAGCCGUCACUUUCUCAGCUGAAGCUCUCAGAAAAGCAAAAUCAGUGUUUAAUGAGUGUGAAGCACCUGAGGAUAACACUCUCCAAUCCAAGGCCACAGUCCUGCAAGACUUGGUUGAUAACAAGGAAAGAAUACAUUUUGGCUUCCAAACGGCAGGUGGAGCAAAAGUUCACGUGUCAAAGACAAACUUAUUAAAGGCAAAACAUCUCUUUAAAGACUUUGAUGAUUUAGUUUCAGACAAGGAAAUGCAAGAGGCAGAUGUGUUAUUGAAAAACGUUGAUGUGAACGCAGAAAAUGGAGUACUAACAAAAGACUGGGAGUGUAAAAAUCCUCUUAAGGAGGGGGGCAAUGAGGAAGUAAGAUCUAAUCCAAAUCAAAGGACAACUCUCAACUUUUCUGAACCUGAAGAUGGAUCUUCUGAGAACACAAAGAUUCUACAAAAUGACCUGUUAUCAUUUCAAAAUGUUGGAUUUCAGACUGCAAAUGGAAAGGCCGUCACUUUCUCAUCUGAAGCUCUCAGAAAGGCAAAAUCCAUGUUUAACGGGUGUGAAGCACUUGAGGAUAAAACACUCCCAACACCACUGCAAUCCAAUGCCAACGUCCUCCCCUUCAGAGGGACGACUGAACAAAAUCAAGACAUCAAAGAAAGAAUACAUUUUGGCUUCCAAACUGCAGGUGGAACAAAAGUUCACGUGUCAAAAACAAACUUAUUAAAGGCAAAACAUCUCUUUAAAGACUUGGAUGAUUCCGUUUCAAAAGCUACAGAAGGGACAGACCCCAGCAGUGAAACAUCAUCAGUUUUGAGUAAAGCUACCGGGCUGAAGGAUAAUAUUUCCAAACAUGAUCAAAUAAUAGCAGUGAAUGCCCCUGCAAAUGGAUGGACUGAGAGCAGAAAUGUAGGGUUUCAGACAGCCAGUGGAAGCACAGUUGUAGUUUCAGACGAAGCCCUUAAAAGAGCAAAAACCCUGCUGGGCGAAGGUGAAGAAGUCGCAAAUGUUUCAUCUCCUCUCUGUAAGAUUCCAGUCUCUGGUUCCAGUGGGUUUUUCGCAGCAAGUGGAAAAGCUGUGACUUUCUCAUCGGAGGCCUUACAGAAGGCGAAAAGUCUUUUCAGUGACAUCAGAGCCGAUGUCUCUGAUUUUACAGACACUAAGAGGGUGGAACAGAAACAAGAAGAUGCUCAGCUUUGGGGCUUUACAGCUGCAGGAAGAACAAAAACAGACACUAAAGUUGCUGAUAAGUGUCACUCUAACAUCAAAAAAUUGGAUCUAAAUAAUGCAAAAGAUGUUAGUUCAGAUGUAGAUCUUACCAAUUUGGCUCCAUCAGAGACUGUUGUCCAAAGUGAAAACUACAAACUAGAAACCUCACAGGUGAUGGACUACAAGAGACCUGAAAACACAAAAGCUGAGGAGUCCUCAGCUCUGAUGUUUCCGUCCCUGAAUCUGACUGGCUGCACUGAAACCCAGCACAGGCUUCUGGCCCAGGAGGCGUUGGACUGCACAAAGGCUUUGCUGGAAGAUGAAGAUCUGGCUGGCCAAAGCUUCUGUCCUGCUGCACAAACUGCACUAAGGCUAGAUUACCCACAAGCCACCACUGGGUCUGACGCGGAAGAAAAAAGACAAAGGAAAAGAUUGAUGGGAGAUCCAGAUCCAACUGGUCAGCCUCCUCUAAAAAGACAAUUACUGGAAGAAUUUAACCAGACUAACGAUGGUUCAAACGACUCUGGACUCCAGCCUGUGAAAAGCUGUCCUCUUGGUUUAAUGAAGGACAGAGGAGUUUUCAAGUACAGUACAAGUCUUUAUCCAAACAUCACAAAGCCUCACAGCAACGGAAAAACCAAAACAACAACAACAGUACAACAUUCAACACCAGACAACAGCAGAUCAGCUGGUUCCAAAAUGAGCCCGUUUAUUCCUCCGUUUUAUAAAAAUGCCAACUCUGAAACCAGCAAGACGUCGGUGCCUCAACUAACCACGAGAACGCCUGUGUUUGCUCCACCGUUCAAAAAACAAAGAACUGUCUUACAGGGGAAAACAGACCAGAAUACAAACAAGCUUUCUCCUGUAACAGAAUCUAACAGCAGCGCUUAUGUUCCCUCCUCUAAAAACGCCCAAGAACCCAGCAAUGUCAUUUCUACUGUCAACACUCACUCUAAUGAUACGAAAAAUCCAAACGUUGAUGUCAACGGUGGAUCGGUCCGUUUUAUGUCUCAUCCUGAUCAAGCAUUUUCUAAAGACGAGCAUCAGGUUUUUCUGAACUCCGAGCUCGCGCGGGACAUGCAGGACAUGCGGAUCCGGAAGAAGAAGCGGCAGAACAUUCGGCCUCUUCAAGGCAGCCUGUUUCUGACCAAAACCUCAGGCGUGGCAAAGAUCCCGUUAAAAGCUGCAGUGAACGGGAAACUCCCAACAAGAUGCCCUCCAGAACAGCUUUACAGACGUGGCGUCCACGCACACGUUUCAGGGAUCACAAGCGAAACUGCCGAGUCUUUUCGCUUCCGUUUGCUGCACUUCUUCAAACGAGACACUUUCAUUGACGAAGGUGGGGUUAAGCUAGCAGACGGAGGCUGGUUGAUUCCCACCAAAGACGGGACAGCGGGAAAAGAGGAAUUCUUUCGAGCUUUGUGUGACACUCCCGGUGUGGAUCCUAAACUGAUCACUGAAGCGUGGGGAUACAAUCACUACAGAUGGAUCGUCUGGAAGCAGGCCUCCAUGGAAAAAUCCUUUCCAGAAGCGAUGGGCGGCAUCUGUCUCACUCCAGAGCAGGUUCUGCUGCAGCUGAAGUACAGAUAUGACGUAGAGGUCGACCACAGUCGCCGGCCCGCUCUCAGGAAGAUCACGGAGAAGGACGACACAGCGGCCAAAACGCUCGUCCUCUGCGUUUGUGGGAUCGUCUCCAAAGGAGGCGGAGCGAGCGGCUCCAGGACUCCAGAAAGUUCUGAUCCAGCAUCUGCAGUGGUUUGGCUGACAGAUGGAUGGUACGCUCUCAAAGCCCAGCUGGACCAGCCGUUGACUGCCAUGCUGAACAAGGGCCUCCUGCCUGUUGGAGGUAAACUGAUCAUCCAUGGAGCCCAGCUGGUGGGGUCGCAGGAUGCUUGUCCCCCUCUGGAAGCACCCGAGUCGCUCAUGUUGAAGAUUUGCGCCAACAGCACCAGAAGGGCUCGAUGGGACACCAAACUGGGAUUCCACAAAGAUCCUCGACCGUUCCUGCUUCCAAUCGCUUCUCUGUUCAGCCGUGGAGGGCCGGUAGGAUGUGCUGACGUUGUUGUACUGAGAAGCUACCCCAUACAGUGGAUGGAGAGGAAAGCAGACGGAGGCGUCGUGUUCCGGACGACCCGAGCAGAAGAGAGAGAGGCCAGACGCUUUAGUGAAGUGAAGCACAAAGCAAUGGAAGUGCUGUUCGCUAAAGUCCAAACCGAAUUCGAAAACGAGGAGAAAGAGAAAACCAAAUCUCAACGACGAAAGCAGAAUCUGGACGUUGCAAACUUGCAGGAUGGUGAGGAGCUGCAUGCAGCCGUGGGAGAUGACCCCGCUUACCUGGAGGCUCAUUUAAGUGAACAACAGCUGCAGACUCUUCAAGCCUACAAGCGCUCACUGAUGGAGAGGAAGCAGGCCGAGCUGCAGGACCGAUAUCGCCGAGCUUUGGAGGAAGAAGACCAAGAAAUCAAAUGUCCAAAGAGAGAUGUGACUCCGGUGUGGAGACUCAGCGUUGCUGACUCUUUGGGCCCACCCAGCUGCGUUUACCAGCUGAGUCUCUGGCGGCCCUCCUCAGACGUCGAGUCUCUAUUGAAGGAAGGUGGUCGAUUCAAAGUUUACAACCUCGCUGCUGCAGAAGGAAAGAAGAGAAGCAGCCAUGAAAGUGUUCAGCUCACCGGAACCAAGAAAACCCAGUUCCAGGUUCUGCAGACUUCACAGGAAUGGAUGUCAGAACGUUUCCAACCAAGAGUCUCCACAGACUUUGAGAGUCUUCAGAAUCCAGAUUUCCGACCUCUAUGUGGAGAGGUGGAUCUGUCGGGAUACGUCGUCAGCGUCAUCGAUGGACACGGUUCCUCUCCUGCGUUUUAUUUGGCCGACGGGAAGCUGAACUUGGUGAAAAUUCGCUGCUUCAGCAGCUUGUCUCAAACCGGCCUGGAGGACGUGGUCAAACCGCGCGUCCUGUUGGCGCUGAGCAACCUCCAGCUCAGAGGUCAGUCCAUGUUCCCCACUCCUGUUGUGUACGCUGGAGACCUGACCGUCUUCUCCACAAACCCCAAAGAAGCUCACCUGCAGGAAUCCCUCAGCCACCUGAAGAAUCGGAUUCAGCGUGACGAGAACUUUCAUGGAAACGCUGAAGAGAAACUAUCUCAUUUGAUCAAAUCUGGCGGCCUCGGUUUGGUCUCUCCGAUGGCUGUGAAGCUCCAAACUCUGCCUUCAUCAUCUGACAAAAAGGACGAAUCAAAGAUUACAUUUCAGAAACCGGCAUCCUUCACUCCUGUCAGUAAAAACCCUCAAGCAGAAACUCCUUUGUCGAAAAAAGACCCUAAAAUCCUGAAAAGAAGAAGAGCUCUGGACUAUCUGUCUCGCAUCCCCUCUCCUCCACCUCUCUCAGUUCUGGGCUCUGUUUCAUCUCCAUGUGUUAAAAAAACCUUCAACCCUCCUCGGAGGUCUGGACCCCCCAGUCAGUUCAAAACUGAAAAGAUCCAAACUGUAAAGCCCUCAGUGGUUGAAGAUGAGUGGGUGAAUGAUGAAGAACUGGUUAUGAUUGAUACUCAGGCACUGGGUAUCAAGUGACUUAAUGUAGGUUCUCAGGAUUUAGAAACUGCUUUUAAAUGUAUGUAUAAAACUGUACAAACUGUAAAUAUAAAGACUGAUGUUUAUGCAUCUGUUGUUUUAUCUGAAGAUUUGAUGCAUUAAAGUGUUGAAACUGGUUUGCAUUUCUAAAA